GAAGAGGACACUGACACACACACACACACACAGACAGACACCAGAGCUCGGAAGAGUACUAGUACGGCCACUUGUGAUCACACGCUAUACACCUUGCUGAGCACAACUGGACUAAGAGACUAUUUUUCACACAGAUUGUGAGGAGUUACGUCAUUUCAGUGCCUGUUUCAUGUGGGAAGGAGGAGAGACUGUUUAACGAGAAGUAAACAGCUGAGAGAGUUGCAGUCUAAGAUUGUCAUCAUGAAGUUGCAUGUGGCACUAUUUUUCGCUGGGCUCUUUGGUGCCUUGGCAACUCUGUUCAUUCUCUUUUCUUUUGGCACGGACUACUGGCUCUUGGCGACAGAGACCUGCAAUUCACAUUCAAAUGGUCCGGUUACUAAGCAGCAAGGUGAUGUCGUGGUCAACCAGGGUCAGGACCAAUUUAGCGAAGACCAGAACAUUACCUUUCAUCACGAGGGCCUCUUUUGGCGCUGUAGCUUUAAUGAAAUCAUGAAUGAUGAUGAUGAUCUCUGGAAGUUUUGGUUCGAAAAUCAGCCACACGCGAGGGAAUGCAAACCUGCGUAUCUUCUCCCCUUUCCUUUCCCUGACCAGAUCUACAACACUACCAGCUAUCAGACUGCCAUAAUCUACAGAGGUUUCUGGAGCGUCUCUAUGUUGCUGGGAGUGGCUGCUGUGGUGGCCGGCGGUUUCAUUAUUAUUUGUGCGGCUCCGUUUGCCAGUCAUCGCCUUUAUAAAGCAGGAGGUGGACUCUAUCUCAUUUCUGGUCUCUUCCUUCUCAUUGUCACUGUGAUGUAUGUUUUCUGGCUAGAUGUUUUGGAUGUAAUAAGCUCAUAUAAGGACUAUCAGAAGUUGAAUAAGUGCCCUGAUUUUGAGCUCAAUGUGACGUAUGGUCUCUCUUUCAUGUUUGCUCCUGUGGGCGUGUUCUUCUGUAUUCUGUCUGGUCUUCUUUUCCUAGUGAUUGGCCGUACAGUCCAGCAUCAUUAUAACUAAACCUCAUGAAAGGUUUCAAAACAGAAGAAUCAGACUGCAUGCUCAAAAUGCAUUAAAGGGAUGGUUCACCCCCCCCCCAAACAGUUUUUUUGAAUGUCAACUCAUUGCUUACAAACAUUAUUCAUGUUCUUUAUAUCAUUAUCGGGUGAAGUAUCCCUUUAAUUAUCUGCAUUUUAUCUCUGAGUAUGCGCUUACUUUAUGACAAGGUGGGGUACAGCUGUUGUUGAUUUUGAAAUUUGCAAAUAUGGCUUCAGUAUUUGGCCAUGACGUGUGCUGUGAGCGGUACUGCAAACACUGAUCAUGGAUGGUUUGGGAUCACUUCCUUUAAGCGUGAGUGAUUGUGCGAGUAUAGUAUUGCACAAAGCUUUAAAUUAUGUUUAAUAUAUCUAUUAGGAACCUCUGCAUUUUUAUAUUUCAAAAGCGUACCUCUCCAUUAUAAAUGUACACCUCCUUUUGAGUUUGUUCCACCUUACAUUUCGAUUAUUAAUUUAUUGGUGAUUUCUAGAGUGUUUUGCCCCUCAGGCUUUGAAAUAAUCUAGACCGACUUUGUAGCGUUGUAGAAAUACCCAGCUGACCUGGAAGCUUUGUUUUACACACCACAGCACAUAUAUAUAUUUGCUUUGUAAAUAAUAUUAUAUAUUGCUAUCAAGUACAACUGAUAUGUACUGUAAUAUUUCAAAAGGUUAAUUAAAACUUUCAUUUAAAAAAAAAAAAA